AUGUUUUCAAAAGUUCAGUUUACGAAUGAGCAACGAGAACUAUUAAUUUCUGAAGUUCAAUCAAGACCUAUUUUGUGGAAUGAUCGGCAUCCAGAAUACAAAAAAACUGAUAAAACCAACAAAAUGUGGGAAAAAAUAGGAAAAGUAGUUGGUUUUUCAGGUACAAUUGUUAAAGCUAAGUGGAAGAAUCUGAAAGACAAAUUUCGAGUAGAACUACAAAAAAUUCCUAUUGUAAAGGUGGGAUCACACAGCGCGUUGCGCGUCGCGUGGAGUGUGUAUAUACCGCGCAACAACCCACGCAAAGUUCCGCGCGACAACUUGGCGCGCCUGUGUGAUCAGACGGAACAACAAGUUUCUCCUAGGCACGUCUCGUUCUGGAAUCAUCAAUUCUUAUCCAUUGUGAUAGGUACACUAUUCUAA